AAAAACGGAAUUUAGCUGCAGUGGAUUGUUUUGAUUGUGUGUUUAUGGUGUAUUUAUAUGUAUUUCUUCAAUCUAAAUUGAGAUUAAUAGUUGAGAAGUGUUAAAAUCUAAGUUAUUUACUGUCAGUAUCUUUAUAUAACUCUAACCCAAGAUGAGUAAAAAAACUGACAGUCAAAAGAAUCAACGAAUCCAAGUCUUCGCACGUUGCAGGCCUUUAAACAAUAUUGAGAGGAGACAAGGUUCGCCAUCUGUGGUAGAAGUUAUACCAGAUAAAAAAGAAAUUUUGAUUAAAGAUAGGACUUCUAACCGAGAAUUCUUUUUUGAUAAAGUGUUUCCUCCAGAUGCUAAACAGAUCACUGUUUACAAGGCAGUCGUUGGACCUCUCAUACAAGAAGUUCUUAAUGGAUAUAAUUGCACAGUUUUUGCAUAUGGUCAGACAGGGACGGGAAAAACUUACACAAUGGAAGGUGAACGAAGUAAUUCAAGCUGUUCUUGGGAAGACGAUCCAGGAGCUGGGAUUAUCCCUCGUUCAUUGCAUCAGCUAUUUGAAGAGCUGAAUAAAGAAGAGAAUGUGGAAUUCUCUGUCCGGGUUUCUUUUCUGGAACUUUACAACGAAGAACUCUUUGAUCUUUUGAGUUCUACUGAACUUUCUAGACUGCGUUUAUAUGAAGAUUCAAAUAGAAAGGGUUCUGUAAUCAUUCAAGGGUUAGAGGAAAUUCUUGUUAAUAACAAAGAUGAGGUUUAUACUAUUUUGGAGAAAGGUACAUCUAGAAGACAAACUGCUGCAACAAUGCUAAAUGCAUCAUCAAGUCGCAGUCACACAGUUUUUUCUGUGACUGUUCAUAUUAAAGAAAAUACUGUGGAAGGGGAAGAACUGCUAAAAACAGGAAAACUGAACUUGGUGGAUCUUGCAGGAAGUGAAAAUGUUGGACGAUCAGGUGCUAUUGAUAAAAGAGCUCGAGAAGCAGGUAACAUUAAUCAAAGUCUGCUGACAUUAGGGAGAGUCAUUACUGCUUUGAUUGAAAAACAGCCUCACAUUCCAUACAGAGAAAGUAAACUUACUCGCCUUCUACAAGAUUCUCUUGGUGGACAUACAAAAACGUCAAUUAUUGCUACCAUAUCACCUGCUCUUUGCAAUUUUGAUGAAACUAUUAGCACGCUUGAUUAUGCAACUAAAGCUAAGAGUAUUACUAUACGUCCUGAGGUCAAUCAGAAGAUGACCAAGCGUGCACUUAUUCGGGAAUAUACUGAAGAAAUUGAGCGUUUACGAAGAGACCUAGCUGCUCUUCGAAAUAAAGAUGGAUUUUUUGUUGAUGCAGAUAAUUAUUCUGCUUUAUUGAAUUCAAUAACUGAAAAAGAAAAUAUAAUGAAAGAACUUGAAGAAAAAAUAGAAAUAUUGAAAGAAGAAAAUAAAAAGAUUGAAGAAAUGUUUGUCUUAACAAAAGAAGAAUUGGAAAAAACAUCUGAGCAGUUGCAUGAAACAGCACAAAAGUAUCAAGAAACUGCUUCAGAGCUUUCCAAUACAACAAAUGCUUUAUGUUAUACUCAACAAGUGUUGUCUAAGACAGCUUUAGAUAGAGAUGAAAAGGAAUAUUUAAUUAAUGUCCAAAAGAAAACUGAAAACAAGUUGUCUCAGCAGGCGCAUAUGUUACUUGAAGUUGCCAAAGAAACUACAAAUGACGUGAAUCAGCUUCAUGAAAAAAUUGAUCGCAAAAAGCAUGUAGAAAAAAUAAAUGAAAGUAGUUGCCAGAACUUCAGAAAAUUGCAUCAAUGGCAAUGUGCCAAACUAGAUGAUAUUAUUACAGAAGAUAAAGAGAAAGAAAUGUAUUUCCUUCAAAGUAUGAAAGGAGAUUUAGACAAGAUUAUGAAUGGUUUUAUAGAAUGUCAACAGAAGUUAUCCUCAUGCUUGCAUGAUUUAUCCAAUCAUUCUAGUUCCAGUCUACAAGAUUUUUUGUUUUCUUUAAAUAAAGAAACUUCUAAUCAAAGAGAAUGGGCUACAACAAUGUCUCAAUCUAUAGAUUCAAUGAAGGUUGAGCAAAAUACCAAAAAAGAAACAUUUUUAAAUGAAAAUCUGUCAUCACUCUUUACUCAACUUGCUGUUGUAAAUUCAGAAAUGUUUAGUUUGUUCCAAGAUAAUCACAGCAAACUUUGUCAAAAGAUAAAUGAACAUAAGAAUGCUGUUGAGGCUCAGAUCACAAAAGAAAAAGAAAUGCUUUGUGAAAUGAACAACACAUUAGAUUUAUUUUUUGAAAAACACAAUACUAUUGUUGAAGACUUAAUGAAACAUUCUAAAUCAGCUUUGCAAUCCAAAAAAGAAAGAGAAGAGAAAGUUAAAAAAGUUGCUGCAGAUUUAGCUAAAAGUCUUGCUGAAUUGAAUAAUUAUGUCGAGAUGGAAGCAGAAGGAGAAAAACACUUGCUUCAAUUUGAAGAAUACAAACAAAAGCUAAACGGUGCUGUUGAUGACAUUCGGCCUGUGAAAGAAACUGUAAAUAUAUUGCAAAAAGUGAAAGAGGAAGAAGAUUUGUCAGAGUUUAAUGAUCUAAUCAAUGCCACCAACAUCAAAGAAAUUUCACUGAAGAACGAUGAAAUCAUGAAAAGUCAGAAAUCUGUUUCAUCUGAAAUUGCUGCCCUUCUGGAAACAUCAACAAAGAAUCAAAUCGAUUAUUUUGAUGAACUAAAAAAAUCAAUUCAAGGCUUUGAUUCUACAAUACUGGAAGCUCAAAAAUUCAAUCAAGAAAAUAUUAAUGUUAUUAUUACAUCAUUAGAGGGAAAUGUUAAUUCAACCAAGCAUCAUAUUGAAGAGUGUCGCUCAUUACUGAAAAACACCUAUUCUGAAACAAUGAACAAAAUCUCAGAAUCUGAGCAAAAGAGAAACAUUACAAAAUCACAGAUAAAAGAAGAAAUUCGAAAUUUAGAUUUUGCUAUGGAAAAGUUUAUUGCUGAAGAUUUAGUUAAAGAUAUACCUACAGGUAAAACACCCCAACGUAAAACUUUCACAUAUCCUAAGAAUCUAGUGGCUACUUCUCCUUUAGAUCGUGUUUUGCAAAGAUUCCGUUCACAGCGAGCAAUGGAUACAGAUUUAGCUGUUCAUUUGCCUUUGGAAAACAGUUUCAAUGAAAGUGAAGAAUCAAAAGUUACCACUCCAGAAGGUAUUGGAAGUGAGGUCAAUUCACACAAUGCAUCCCUCACAAGUGAUGAUUAUGAUUCAACUGGAUGCGAAACUGAUUCAAAUGCAUCCUCCGUGUCUGAUAUUAGUGAAAAUGGAAAAAAUAAGGAGAAUUGCAGAGUUAAAAAGACUUCUCGUCUUCCCAAAAAGCUUCCAAAAUUCAAAGGAUUUGCCAAGCCAACUUUGCCUCCAAGAAAACCACUCCUUUCUACAAAUUCUGAUUUGGACUCUUCAGCUUUCUAAACUCGUUUCUGGCAUUAUAUGAAUCAUAUUUUUGAUACUCAUUAUAUUUUACAUUCGAAUAUGCAUAAUGUAUAUAUUUUAGUGGGAUUUUUUACUGUAGCCAUAUUUAUGUUUUGCGAUACACUGUAAAAGUGUAAAUUAUUCUGAAGUGAUUAUCAUUCUCUCUGCACAUUAUUUAAAACUAUUGUAAAAUUGCCCGAGAAUUAACAAUGAAUAUUGGAAUACCUACUGUUUGUCGACGUGGUACUAUUUUGUAUCAUUUGCGUGAUCACAAGUAAUUGUAUUGUGUGUUUAUUUAAAAUAAAUGAUGUCCAUAUAACAUACUAUGCUAUAUUCUCAAACUUGUUUUGCAAAAAUGUUUUCCUUGUUUUAAAAGAAUUUGUUACAUGCUUAGUCUAUAAAAAGAUUAUUCUUGGCUUUUCUAGUUUUAUAAAAAUUUAUUGUUUAAAAUACUG